CCAACUUCAGUCGGUGCGCGCGAGCGGGUCAGAGCGGUCGUUGGGUUGCGUCGGUCGUUGUCGUCGUCGUCGUCGUCAUCGUCGUCGCGCCUUUCGAUUCUCCGCGCGCGCGGAGAUACUCGAUUUCGUCGGCUUCGUCCCCCUGGACGCGAAUAUUUCGAUCUCUCUCUUUGUCGAUCGCAGAGUUGCUCCGAGAAUUUGUUUGUGCGCGCGCGCGCGCGCGCGCAAUAUUAGCGAUGUUCCGAUCUGCAUCCGAUCGCGAGACUACGGAAAGUGUCGCGCUUAGCAGCUGAAGCAGGAUCAAAUCAUACAGUGCGGAUAAAUUUCAGUUGCAAAUUUGGUCAAAUCGCGCCUGACGUGAAAACCGAGGUUUCAAACAUCUCAAUCAUUGUCAUCGUCAUCGUCGUCGUCGUCGUCGUCGUCGUCAUCAUCAUUAUCAUUGCUAUCAUUAGCGUCAUCAUCGACCCGUGCUCUGAUUUGGUCAGAAAUGUUUCUCGCGCAAUCCUCGAGAGAAGGAGCGCGACGAAGCUGGCGCGAUAAACAUAAGCUUCCAGCCGCGUAAAGACGCGAAAUGGAUAAGAGGAACGACUAAAUUGGAAUACGCUAGACAAACAAUGAACUACGAUGUCCGCUCUUGAGCAGCAUUCAGGCAUGAGCGGCACGAUGCAUUUCAACUCUUUCAACCGGCUAUUCCCCUAGCAACACACGCACUCUCGACACGCACGAGUACAAGCGGUACAGUCGAGGUUCUUUGAGAAAGAUAGGCGCGAGAUAUUUCCGUGCGUUCUUUAACGAACGCUACGCCUAUCCUAGUUGCAUUCUGUCGUCGAGACGUCCGCGAAGAAAACAAGAUUUGAAAGGAGGAAGAGAGAGAGAGAGAGAGAAAGAGACCUUGAGACUUGUCUGCGAAGAGUUUUAUGGAUACGUGUACGAGGAUAUAUCGGAAACUCUCUCGGCAUGAAUGCUUCAAAAUAUGCGUUCGCGCGUGCGAAAUAUUUCUCUAAAGUCUGACGACGCGAUUCUCACAAUGAUGAAUUGAUUCGCGCGAGCAAUGUGCGCGAUAAAAUCGAUGCGGAAUCGAUGUUCCGAUAAAUAUAUACAUCCAUGUAUACAUACAUAUAUAUAUACAUAUUAGUAAUCGCUUUCGAGUAGCGCGAGAAAACACUGAAUACGUUUAGAACGAAUAGAUGCACGUGCAUCAGUGGGAAUCAGAAUUGCAGAGAUGUCGCGAAUUUCAAAUCGCGUCGCCACAAUUAGCGCGGCCCUCGGCAUCGUUUUGCUCGUGAUAUUGCUAAUAAUCUUGUGGUCGAAUGUGCGCAACGUGGACAGGAUCGGGGAUGUUGACCGAACGCGGAACAAUUCUACGAUCGAUCGCAUCGUCGAUGAAGCGCGGGAGAGACAGAUCGACAGUGCUAUGCGGAUUACUACGACUUUGGACUCGAUUGAACAGAAUUUUACGAACGAGGUGUUUUCCAAGGAAACAAAAAAUACGAAGAAACACAAUAACGCAUCAUCGAUCAAUGUAUUGCCAUUCGCUAAGGAUAAUCUAGAGUAUGUCAAACCAUUCAAAAUUAGUCAAAAUCAAUACGAAGAUCCACUCGAAGAAUCUUCCACGGCAAAGAGACACCAUAGUGGUCAUUUUCGACAUGCAUCCGCCGAAAUUUGGGAUCCUCAUCCGCAAUACGAAUUUACCGCCUUUGGAAGACGAUUUCGUUUACGAUUGGCACACGAUGCUAGUUUCGUAUCUCCCGACAUAAAGGUGACGCAUAUAAGCGAGAACACAACUAGAAGAGAACAUGCUGGUCGUCAGUUGGGUUGCUAUUACAGCGGGUCAGUCGAUGGCGAUCCAAGUUCAGCGGUCAGUGUCAGCCUUUGUCACGGAAUGACUGGUCAUGUGAAAACAUCAAUGGGAAGCUACUUUAUUAAGCCUACUGAAUAUUGGCGCGAGGACGACAAGGAUUCUCUUGAAUCUUCGUUACAACACGCAAUCUAUCGCGUACCCGCGAUAGCGUCCAACUCGAAUGAUAAUUUUAAUUUUAAUAUUCCCGAAGAUAAAAUUAAGAGUCACAACUGUGGUGUGAUAGAUUAUGAUUCAGAUGACAGACCCACGUUAAUGGACGAUAAUUUUCAUAAGUUUUACGUCGGAGCGCAUUCAAGAGAACGAAGAUCAUUAUUGAUGACACGAAAAGAAACCGCAUCAUUGGAACGAGAGCAACAAGAACGGAAAUACGAGCGAUUCGCAGAACAGAACAAGCACCGUCUGGAUUUUUUCCAAAAGGUGGAUUACGACGACAGCUAUCAGAACGAGGAGUACACUCAGGAUCCAAAAAUGGAUUCGGAUUUCUUCGUAACGUGGAGACCACGGCGAGCCUUACCGCGUGAAUAUUUCAUCGAGAUCAUGGUGGUGGCAGACGCGAAAAUGGUGGAAUAUCAUGGCAGCGGCUUAGUCAAUUACAUUCUUGUCCUAAUGAGCACGGUUUCACGUAUCUAUAAGGAUCAGUCUAUCGGCAAUCCAGUGAGUAUAGCUGUGAUGAAGAUUAUCAAGACUGACGAAAUAUUUGGUAUCAAGCAUAGCGGAAGCGAUGGAAUCGCGGCGGCAGAAAUGUUAAAACAAUUUUGUCAGUGGCAGAAACGCAACAAUCCGGAUGAACCUUCACCGGAACAUCACGAUGCUGCACUUCUUUUAACUAGAGAAAAUUUAUGCCACAAUCCGGGUCAAAAGCGUUGCGAUACUUUGGGAUUAGCCGAAUUGGGUAGAAUGUGUUCGCCAGGAUCUUCGUGCGCCAUCGUACAGGAUAAUGGAUUAGCUGCGGCGUUUACUAUCGCGCACGAGAUUGGUCACGUGCUCAAUAUGCCGCACGACGACGAUGCCAAAUGCGCAGGUUUCAGGAAUCGUUCGGGUGUACACAAUGUGAUGUCCCGCAUGCUGGACGAUAAUACUUUUCCCUGGGAAUGGUCCAAGUGUUCCCGAUACUAUGUCACCGAAUUUCUCGAAGCCGGAUAUGCCAAUUGUUUACUAGACGAACCAAGCAAAACAAUGGAGAGACAAAACGGUCGAUUACCUGGUGAGGAUUAUUCGGAAAACAAACAGUGUGAGCUCGUCUUCGGGCAAGGAUCUAGAAUCUGUCCUCACAUGGUGAGUGAUGUGUGUAGGAGACUGUGGUGCACCGCGCCACUGUGGGAUCAUCAUCAGCAGUGCCAUACUCAGCAUAUGCCGUGGGCUGACGGUACACCAUGCGGUGUCGACAAGUGGUGUCAUCGGGGCGAAUGCGUCUCGCGCAGAAAUCUUGAACCAGUGGACGGUCAAUGGGGCGAAUGGGGAAGAUACGGCGAAUGCUCGCGAACCUGCGGUGGAGGCGUCAAGAGAAAGUAUCGCGAAUGCGAUAAUCCGGCACCGAAAAAUAGCGGCAAUUACUGUAUCGGUGAGCGCGUCAAAUACCGCAGUUGUGGCACUAGAGAGUGCCCGCCAGGCAGUUCAGAUUUCAGAGAACAGCAGUGCUCGAAAUUUGACAACAAUAAUUUCAACAUUCAGAAUCUCGCUAGGGAUGUCAAAUGGCAUGCAAAGUACACUAGAAUAUUACCGCAAGACCGUUGCAAACUGUACUGCCAAGUGGAAAGCAAUCAGUAUUAUAUGCUACGUGAUAAAGUAAUCGAUGGGACACCCUGUGGGCCCGAUACUUUUCACAUAUGCGUUAACGGCCAAUGCAAACCGGCUGGAUGCGAUCACGUUUUGAAUUCGACGGCCGAGCUCGACACUUGUGGAGUCUGUAGAGGUGACAACUCUACCUGUCAAAGAAUCACAGGCUCCUACAACGCUAGUGUGUACGGUUACACGAAAGUAGCUAAAAUCCCUGCCGGUAGCAGUUACAUCGAUAUUAGACAACACGGAUGGCUAGACUCUCAUAACGAUAGUAAUUAUCUUGCGUUACGAAUUGGAGAAGACGGCGAAUAUAUUUUAAACGGCAACUUUAUGGUAAUGCAUCGUAAAGUGAUAGUGCAUCCGGGCAUCACCAUUGAAUACAGCGGACCAGAAUCGAUUGUAGAACGGUUAAAUAGUUCUCGGCCCAUUGUCAUGGAUUUAAUUUUGGAGGUGUUAUCCGUAGGAAAUGUGUAUCCGCCGCAAAUAACAUACGAGUAUACUGUACCGAAAAAAAUUCUAAACAACUUCACAUGGUUACUCAGCGAUUGGUCGACUUGCAAUCGAAUGUGCCAGGGUAUGCAAUACCGUAAAGCCAUAUGUAGGAGUACCGAGCAUAAGGACGAAGUGCCCGACGAUUACUGCAGAGGCGAGGAAAAACCGCAAGAAGACAGUCAGAUAUGUAACGCAAAUUGCAUGCUGCAGUGGCAAAUGAUUUCUGUGUCCGAAUGUUCGAAUCAUUGCGGCCCAGGCGUGCGGACCGUCACUUGGCGAUGCGUUCAAAUCCUGUUAAACUCACCGUCGCAUUCCCCGCGACCGGCACCGGCACAUGCAUGCUUGCAUAUUGAAAAACCGAGUGAGCAUCAGCCAUGUGUAGGUCCCUGCGACGAUGCUCAUUGGAGUUACAGCGAAUGGAACACCUGUAGCGUCUCGUGCGGCGGUGGUGUACAAUUGAGAAGCGCGAUAUGCGUAGAUUCAAAUGAGAGACAAGUAGGAGACGAAAAUUGCGCCAAACAAGAAAAGCAUCUCAAGAGAAUAUGCAGCCAGGAGGCUUGUCCGAAAUGGGAUCUAGGAGAAUGGAGUCCGUGUUCCGUGACUUGCGGCGUGGGAAAACGGCACAGAACCUCCUGGUGUCAAGUCGAGAAUCGCGUAGUAUCGCGUACCUUCUGUAGCGGUACACCAAUUACAACAGAAAUCUGCACUGCUGGUCCUUGUUAUCAAUGGCAUGCUGGCGACUGGAGUCCGUGUUCGGUAACAUGUGGCGAAGGAGUAUUGCGCAGAAAAGUUGUUUGCCAGAAUGCCAAUGGUGUAACGAGCAACGAAUGUCCUAUAUCCGAAAAACCGGAGACUUUAAUUGCUUGCACAUUAAAGCCAUGCCUUAAUAUCGUCAGUUUACCGCCCAUCAUUUAUUCAUCCAAUUCUCCACGUGAAGAUCCCCCUCAACAGGAUAAUGAAAUCGACAGCAAUGGUAUUACGUUCCAUUCGGGUUACAAAUGGCAUGUAGGAUCUUAUGGACAGUGUUCGCACAAAUGCAAUGCCGGAUACAAAAGUAGAAUAGUGAAGUGUAUAUCUUCGGAAACGGGAAUAAUCGCGCCCGAUUAUUAUUGCGACUCGAGUCAACAACCGAUGGUCAAAAUUGCGUGCAAUCGUCAUCCAUGUCCAACUUGGAAUACUGGUGAUUGGAGCGAGUGCAACGUAGAGUGCGGUAAUGGAUUCCAGCAUCGCCAAAUUCGUUGCCAAAAUCAUUAUGGCGAAACUUUGCCGGACGAGGAAUGCAUCGACGAACAACCAAAAUAUGUGCGGAGAUGUCAGAAGGAAUCUUGCAAAAGUAAUCCUAAACACACUAGAGAGAAUAAUUUGGAAUCCAAUAUUGUCCGCAGAUGGAAAAUGUCUAAUUGGACUCCCUGUUCGAAAUCGUGUGGUACUGGCAUUCAGAUGCGAAGAGUAGAAUGUAUAAUGAGAAGAGGCAACCAUGGACCGGAACUACCUGUUAAGGACGAACAGUGCUUGAGAUCGAAAUCACGCAAGCCAAAAUCUCAGAGAUUAUGCCAACGUGUUGCUUGUGAUUAUAUCUGGCAAGAAGGCACCUGGUCGGAGUGUUCGGUUAAAUGUGGCGAAGGAAUACAGCGUCGUGCAGUCACUUGUCAUAGAGUGAAUUCCUACGGAUGGAUCGAUCCAACUCCAACUAAGGGUUGUCCAAUGGAUCAAAAACCAGCCGAAGAUCAACCUUGUAAACUACGAGAGUGUAGUGAUAAAUAUUACUGGGUCGCUGGCACAUGGAGAAAAUGUAGCCAUCCUUGUGGACGAAAAGGUCGACAAAUCCGUAAAGUUUACUGUCACGAUGCAAUCGGCAAAAAAGUUGCGCGGUUUUACUGUCCAAUCGAAUAUAAACCACAACGGAAACGUAAAUGUAAUCAAAGAAGAUGCGGGCCAGUCACUUGUCUUGAAAUUCAGAAACGACUUAAAGCUACCACAGACGGUGAAUAUUCAUUAUUAAUUGGUGGUAGAAAUAUGACGAUUUAUUGUCACGGAAUGUCGAGCAUCGAGCCACGAGAAUAUCUGACAUUGCCAGCUGGCGACAGCGAAAAUUAUGCAGAAAUUUACGACAAAAGGUUGAACAAUCCACGCACGUGCCCGUUUAAUGGUCAAAGGAAUGACAGUUGCAAUUGUGUGUCCGAAUUGGAGACAGUUUCUGGUAGAACAAUGUUCAAAAGAGUACGCAUAGAUCCUGCGAGACUCUAUAUUAUAACAAAUGAUUACACGUUCUCGUGGACGGAAGGAAUGAAACGCGUGGAGUAUGGCAAAGCCGGUGAUUGUUAUAGCCUCACUGAUUGUCCACAAGGACGUUUCAGCAUCAAUUUAAGAGGAACCGCUUUGGGAUUAUCGCCAACAGUCACAUGGGUUACAGAAACUUCAAACGCUUUUCUUGCGAUCAAUAAAAUCAAUGAUCAACGAAUUCUCGGUAAAUGUGGUGGUUAUUGUGGCUUUUGUAAGCCGAAGACAGGCCUAAAACUGGACGUAUUACCUCCCUAG